AGACUCUGGCCCAGUGCUGACCCCUGCCAUACCCAGCAAGAGGUCAAUGAACAGCUCAGCCGCCCAUGCGCUGCCGCUGCUCAAAAACUGCAUUGCGCACCGCCUGGCGUGUAUGGGAACUGUUCAUCGAUAUCUAUGUAGCCACUGAUGCUGAGAGGGACCCCAAGGCCAAACUGGGUCGCCGGGUCUUCCACAAUCCCAUCCGACGAUAGGAUGUCACCCGCAAGAAGGUGCCGGUCAGUUGCCACCUCGAUUUGUACAUGUUGGCCCAAGGUGCGCAUCCCAAGCACGCGCUCAGAGCCAACCACGACUUGACUUGCGGUAUGGCACUGGGUAAGCUGCUGAUCAUCAACCUGCCAUGUCGACACUGCUGCUGCCACUGACACUGCACCGGCUCCAGGAUGACCACGAUUCCGCCGCAGAUACGUAGAGCUAGAUAGCUGUCCGCCGAGUGGCACGCUGGCUAAUGCCGACAGGAACAGCCCGCCUGGCACGGCUUCUCUGUCAAUUUCAACAAAGGUCAUAUCAACCACCGAUGCAUUGGCAGUCAGCUGGUUUUCCAAAUCCUGCGACACGUCUUCUUCGAUGUAGCUCGGAAUCCGCACUUCUGCUGAAUCGACCUUUGAAACUGACACCUGCUGCCCCAACUGCUUGCGGUGGCCAAGAGAGAGCAGGUCGACCGACACUAGUCGCCGCUGUGCCAUGUGGGCUCUUUUCAUGGGCCGAGCCAACAAUGAUCUGGCUGUUAGCCAUCACCUGGGUCGUAAUCUUCGUGACUGCCCCUGUCCUUUGCUUCCUGUCGCCGAUUUCACAUACUACUCGUGUCGUAUGUGGGCUGAACGGGCUGUAUUCAAGCGCCGAAACGCAGCCGUCUUCGGUUCCAACAAGCACCAGAACCGCGCCACUGCCUCCAGGUAGCUCGCUGAUAGUAAUUGCUGUAACCUCGUUCCCCUUCGCACCAACAGCAUGCGUCUCUUGCGACGUCAUCUGCGCAAUACCGUCUCUGACUGUCAGGCAUCCCAGCAUGACCUUGCCUCUAGGCUUAUCCAGCGCCACCACCGAGAACUGCCACUCGGCUCCCUUCGCACCCGUAUCAAACGGCACCGAUACUGCCAGAGAUCUCACCGUGCUGGGUAGCCGCGUCGGCACAGGGGAAAUCACCAAUGUAAACGGGUUGAACACGGACAGAAUCCCCGUAUCGGUUGCCGCGUCGCGCGCAUACACCAGAAAAUGGAUGUUGUCGUCAAACAUUAUUGGCUGAACACGUGCCAGGCUCACCUCGUCUGUGUCGUUUAUCUGCAGCUGUGCUGGCGCUGAGCGUUGCAAGGGCCUCUGGCU